AUGCACGGUCUUCAUGCCAAUAAAGACGCUCCGCAUACCCAUUUGCUAUCGGCGCUACGCGAUAUGGUACAGGCGCUCCAGUCGUAUGCUAUGGCUGCUCAUGGCCUCUCCAGCACAGGAAUGCAACGCGCGCGUCAUUCCCUUGCUCCAAUCGAGCGAAUUGUACCUUUUACACACACAGAGAAGCUUGAGCGCGGCUUAUCUGCUUUGGAGUCGGCUGUGCAAGCCACUGAAGCGCUUUCGCGUGAGCUCUCUCAACGUCAUACGUCGUUGGACGAGCAGGCACGUAUAUUGCAACGCAAGGAUGUACGUCUACGAUCAGAGAAAUCCCAGUUUAAGCACGAGAAAGAGGCAAGGGACAAAGAAUAUGCGUCGUUCAAGCAAAAACAGAAACAUAUGCAGCACUUGAAACGCGAGCUGCAAGAGAAAAAGGCGAAGCUGGAUGCGCGUGCCCAGUCGCUCGAGCGGGACACUGCUGAGCAAAUUUCUCGCAUGCAGGACCAAGUCUCGCAAGCGAAAAGUACCAGUGCGGAGGCGAUCCGACGUGCAGCGUUGUCGGAGGAAGCGGCAUCAGAGCGCAUUGCUGAAGCUGAUGAGCGCGCGCGACAAGCCGAUGAGCGUGCUGCCGAUAUGGCCGAGUCACUGGAACAGAUCCGCCAGCGAAAUCAGGUCAUGGCGGACCAGAUGCGCAGUAUGCAAGCAGCACUCUCUGCGAGCAAGAAAAAACGGCAUGCUGAGCGCGAAGAGCUAGAAGCGUUGCGAUCGCAGGUACAGCAGCAAGGCGAGCGAUCUGCACUGCCGUCAUCGUCGCCCUUGCGUGACUGCGAUGUAAAUAUACCCCGUGCGGUCGCACACGCAAGCCCUUCAAAGCGUGGGACUUCACGCGAGGCGGCGUUGGUGGACGACUUAGAUGAUACCCAUUUCCCGAUGCCAGGAGGAGCCCUGACCAAAAAGCCGCGAUGGGACAAGCCGCAGGCCACACCACGCUUGGAUGCAUACUUUCCUACCAAAGGUGGGCAGCUUGCUUUGGGUCCGCGGUAUCGUGUGCCAUAG